AUGGGCUCCCAAUUCAGUCAAAUGUUCCCACCCGCAGCCAAAUUCACCGAAUCUUCGCUUCCCAACCUGUACGGAAAAGUCUAUGUUGUGACAGGUGCUUCAGCAGGCGUAGGUAAAGAACUCUCCCGCCUCCUCUACUCCUGCAACGGUACCGUAUAUGUAGCGGCCCGAUCCUCUGAGAAAGCCUCUACAGCGAUAUCCUGGAUCAAAGAAGCUUGCCCGCAAUCCAAGGGCACAUUGCACUAUCUCCAUCUUGAUCUCGACGAUCUCCAUGGGAUCAAAGCGUCUGCAGAGAGCUUUCUCACAAAGGAAACCCGAUUAGACGUCCUGUUCAACAAUGCAGGCGUUAUGAGACCACCGAAGGGCACAACAACGAAACAAGGAUACGAACUGCAGCUUGGAACAAAUUGCGUCGCGCCCUUUCUCUUCACCAAGUUACUCACGCCCAUACUACUUGAGACAGCGAAGAAAGAGCCAGAAGGCAGUGUGAGGGUAGUUUGGGUGAGCUCAUCAGCUGCGCAUGUCAUCGCGCCCGCUGGUGGUGUGGACAUGAACAACUUGGAUUAUAAGACAGAUGUCAGUCAGAUGACCAAAUACGGGAUUAGCAAAGCGGGAAAUGUGUUUCAUGCGAUGGAGUUCCAGAGACGGUACCGAAAGCAGGGGGUUGUUAGCGUGGCGCUUAACCCCGGUAACCUCAAAUCUGAUUUGCAGCGCCAUGUACCUGCACUCCAACUUUUCCUCAUUAACAUGAUCUUGCAUCCGCCUGUGAAUGGCGCGUACACUGAGCUGUUCGCUGGCCUCGCGCCUGAUGUUGCGAAUCUCAAUACGAGUGACUGGGUCGUGCCAUUCGGCAGGGUUAUGCAGGUGAGGAAGGACUAUUAUUCCGAAGCUGGUAAGAAGACUGCGAGCGCGUUUUGGGAGUGGAGUGAGAAGCAGGUGGAACAAUACGUUUGA